UUGCAAAGAGAGAGAGAGAUGGAUGCCGAGUCGAUGAGGUAUAUAAGGACUACUAGAUACUCGUCUAAGUCAGUCAACAGUGCUAACUAAUCCUCAAUAACCGCAAAUAUGAUCAAGCUGAUUUUAUUGCUCCUCGCCGUGGUUGCAUAUGCAUCCGCUGGUGGUUUAUAUUCCGGACUUGGACUUUAUGACAGUUAUGGUUACGGAGGCUACGGUUAUGGACAUGGAUAUGGUUAUGGAUAUCCAUAUGCCACGAGCUAUGCAAGCACUUACAAGGUAUUGCCAUCGGUAACAAAAGUAAUUGCUCCACCAAUAACAAAAAUUGCCUAUGCUACACCACCAGUGACCAAAAUUCACUACGCUCCACCCACAAUCUACAGUCCAAUUUAUAAAUACAGUACCUAUGGACAUGGAGGAUAUGGCGGAUAUAGUGGAUAUGGAGGAUAUGGAUAUCCAUACUCUUAUGGACUUAAUUACGGACAUGGUUAUGGUUAUGGAAUUGGUCAUGGUUAUGGAUACGGUGGUUAUGGAUAUGGUGGUUAUGAUAAUGGCCAUUAUGGAUAUUACUAAAUUAUUAUCUCCAAUACCAAAAAAAUUUCAAAAGACUAAAACAAAAAUUGUACAUACGGUUUUCUUUCGUAUCAUCCCUUCAUUUAAAUGAAAAUACACGUUUUUACCCCUUCCUAAAAAAAAAUUUUGUGUUUUUUUAUUAUACUAUAUACCUGAUGCAAAAAUCAAUUUUUCAGAUAAACAAUUAUUAUUUAAAACUAAUUUUUCUGAAUAAAAUUAAGAAAUCCAAUUAUCGCGAAAAAAAGCUUUUCUUAUAUAAGGAAAAAGCAACAAAAAAAAAAAUAAUUGAUCAAUCUCGUUUUGGAGUGAAAUUAUUUCUUCUGUUUUUUGAUUAUAGAUAAGUUUGUUUUUUUGAUCAAAGGGUAAAGAAUAAAUGGAGCACGCACAAUUAAAACAAACGAAUUGAAUGGUCAA